AAAUUGAAACUCUUCUUAUAAAGUUGUCCCUUGAUUUCAGAAUUUAAUUAUAUGUGAUUCUGAAACUCGUUUGAAGAAGAUGAGAUGAUGUCUUUAAUGGAGAGCAAAGUUGUGGAGCCUUUGAAGAAUGCAUAUGAAGACCUUGUUCGGGCGGCGACGGAGGUGCUAGAGGCCAAGCUGCAGAGCAGUUGCCGCGGGAAAGAGACUGCCGCCGCCGCAGAAGUGAGGGCUGCGUUAGAGAAGUUCAAGGAGCGUUGGGACUCCUUCCACCGCCUCUGCGACGGAGCCACGGAGUUCAUGGAGCACCUCAAAAAUGGCUUGGGGCUAAGUGGCACGGGUAGCAGCACCGGCUCCGCCCCCCUUCUGAGCGUCUGCGACGACGUUGCGUCCCCCGUCGGAUUUGCCGGGGAUGACGAGGACGUCGUUGCAGUUGCUCCUGAACUGACAACAGAAAGAAUUGAUGAGGAAAAUGCUGCUCCUAGCUAGUUCAUUCCACUAGCUAGGCUAGGACAACUCAAAGAUGGAGUACAGUUAAUGUGCAUGGGGAUUCUUGUUGGAAAUUAAAGCAAGUGAAACUUGAUAUUGAUGUGGUUAGACUCCACAAUUUAGGAGUGGCCAUUUUUUGAGCCAAAAUGACAUUGGUAUCCAAUAAUGGUUUGAAUCGUUA